AUGGAUGAAGAAAGUUUUAACAAGUAUACUCGUGUAAAGGCAAUUAAGGAUUUUAGCGAGAAGGUGCGAUUACAAAGGAAUCGGGUUGGUUUUGUCAAGAUGUGGGUUGACAAGGAUCUCCAAUCUGAAGAAAUUGAUGUCGAUGAGUUGUUCCAGAAAAUGAAGCAGAGUAUUGGUACUGACGCAACCAGUGCAACAUCCAUAUCUUCGGAUAUUGCAAAAUUGCAUGCAAAAGGCAUCGGGACAGUGAGUGGGAAGCUGCUUCUUGGAACAGCUGAAAAGAUACCGCCAUCAGAAUUAGUCGAUUCAACUGGUGCAGGUGAUGCAUUUAUUGGAGCAGUUCUAUAUGCUCUCUGUGCCAAUAUGCCACCAGAAAGAAUGUUGCCAUUUCCUUCUCAAGUGGCAGGUAUCGGCUGUAGGGCAUUGGGAGCAAGAGCUGGUCUUCCCCAGCUAACAGACCCUCGAUUGAAACCCUUUUUAGUGAACGAUCCCCAAAACGUGGCCACAUUGCUAUAGAAGAGAAC